UCUCUUUAGUACUGUGCCACCUAUUUAAGCACAAACCUUUGUGCUCUCUCUCUCAUCUUAUUCAAGUGCUCUCCUUGUCAUCCAAUAACUUGGUGUGCUGUUCAUCCUCUAAGAUGCAGAGAAACCUCAUGAAGCUGCUACUGCUGCUCGUUAUCUUUUUCUACUUCUCAUGUCUUUUUUCUGCCUCUGCUUUUCCUGUAACAAGUAAGAUUUUCUUUGGAUUUUUAACUCAAUAUUCUUCACUUUUCUUUGAGCAUGUCCUUGGAAAUGGUGAUGAAGUGGUGGUUGAUAUGAAAGAAGAAGUUACAGAGAGAAGGGUUUAUUUGGAAACUGAAGAUUAUGAAGGGACUGGAGCAAACAGAGAUCAUGAUCCAAAAUCUCCAGGAGGGGUUUAAUCCCAAAAACUACUAUAUAUUUUCAUGAACUUAGUUGCAUCCAGAAAUGUAUAAGAGAAUUAAUUAACUUACAUAUAUUUGGCCUUUCUACUUGUAUAAUCAAAUACGAAUUAUUUUGCUUUC